CGGGCAUCCUCAUCAACAUCGAGUGCCGCGCGUGGGCGCGCAACAUCGAGCACAACCGCGCCGACCGCGUGGGCAUGGUGCACCUGGAGCUCAUGAUCGACUAGCCGCCGAUCCACCGCGCCGCGCCGUGGGACGCCCUCUCACAUAGUGAACGGACAUAGCGAAGAUGAUAUCUUAGGUUAAGUUCUCUAAUAAGAACGAAUCUCUGAAAAUGUGCUCCUUUCCUAAGUUGUUCCGGAGGAGACACAUUCCAUGCAGCUUGUGCAGAGUAUUAUUUAUUCAGGGAAAAUCGCUAUAAACAGUGACUACAUAUAGAAUUAUAUUUUUAAUUAGAAGCUGAAAUUCUUAUAUUGACGAGACUAUAGCAGGGGAGAGCUUCACUUCAAGUUACGUUGCAGCAUCAAGUACAAAGAUUACUAGACAUGGGUUUAGUGACGCGUUUAAUUGGGCUGCAACAUGUCUUUUCGGUGUAAGGCGUUUUCUUGCUGGUUUGUUUUGUGAUGAUAUUUGCUAGUCCUUUCAUGUGACUGAGCUCCACCAACAAGUUGUCAUUAGCUUUGUUGAAUAUACUGAAUAAUGAGAAAUAUUUUUUGAAAGGUUUCCAGAGUGAGUAAAUAUAAAAGUGAAAUGUUUAAAAGUAUGAAAUUUUGUGUGAAAACUAGCGAUUCCUAAAAUUCCGUCUUAACACUCAUGUGCCUUUGUAUUUUCGUCCUAAUGCAGUGUGAUUGGUGUCUCACUUUAUCAAACAGAACCAGCUCCUUGUUUUCAGUGUCAUUGUAACGUCACUCAAAGAAGCAUCCAAAGAUAUAAUCGAACAAAAAAUGUGAGAAAACGACGCAGUGCUGCUAAGAGCUGUCCCUCAAUACAUUUCCUUCAUUGUAACAUUCCAACAAUAGAAAGUUUUGAGGAAGUUUCUGUGAGAUGAGUAUUCUGUGCACGCGUUUUGUCGAACUCUAGCGACUCUAUAGCCUCUCUUUCUAAAACAGUUGAAUUAAAUGCACUAACAAGUUUUUGAAAUUUGUUAACAAGAAAUGUUCGCCCUCGUGUUUGUAAAACAGUUUUCAUCGGAAAACUACCUAUAAAUUUGUCAAAUAAUCAAAAUAGUCGUUACUCCUCCUCUCGCAUCUAGCGAAAUUAGAGUUCAAGAAAGCGUGCGCAAGCUAUGGCAUUAGUAGAGAGGAAAACAUAUCAAAUAAAUGUAUAUUCUUCUUUUCUGGGCAAAGCAUUCCAUUUGCUACAUUCCGUUAUUUUUUAUUAUACUAUGUACUCUGUAGACGUGAAAAUGUAAAUUAUUUAGAAUUGCAAAUAUUUCAAGGAUCAUUAUUUUUUUCUAUUAAAAAAGCCAAUAGCACAUCUACGAAAGAUGCUCUUACCUUACCAUUCUCGCAAGUCUAAAGUGAAAUGGAAAAUAAAAGUGAAUUAAUCCUAAAUAUACUAGCAGUAUCUGUAUCAGUCUCAGUCAAAGAACGCAUCUUUUCUUUCGAAGUGGAAUGCUCGAUGGGUGAAAUUACCAUAAAACAAAUGAGAUUACAUCAUACUGCAGAGUAUCCAGAUAUUAAUCCAGCAGCAGGCAGCUGGUUUUAUUUGUAUUUCCUUGUUCUGGUUGUAAAGAAUGUUGCUUAAAUAAAGUGGUAAAAUUGUCACCAAAGUAUGAAAAGUCUUAUAGUAUGUACAAAGAUAUGAAAUGUGAAUCAAUUUUUUUGUUCACACUUUUGAUCCUAUUUUAUUUUACAGAACAUGCCUUCAAUUAUUAAGCAUUUAGAAGUGUCAAUUCCUUAACACGAAGUUACUCAGUAAAAAAAUUUUACGAACCCAAAAUAGCUUAUUGAAAUGUUAUUGGAACAAUGUACUAAUGAAAUUCUAGACUAACCAUGGAAAGUCACAAAUUUCACAUUGUUUUGCUACUUACUAAUACUUGUAAAAUUUGUCAUCUUCGGCUAGGAUACGUCUUUGCUGUCUCCACGUUUUUAGAACAAGUCCUUCCAUCUCUUUUGUAGGAUGUCCACCAUUUCUUUGUCCUGUAGCUCGUAUAUAAACAAUUUUCUUGGAAAUCUUUUGUCGUCCAUUCCUACCACAUGGAGGAGUCAUUUUGCAGGCAGUGUUGCUUCAUCGUCCCUAGCUCUGCCAAUCCUUGAGCCCGACCACUUGCUCGCCCGGUCGCGAGGAUGACAGGCUGUUUGCCGAUAUCAGACAUUCGGUGAUCCCCAACUAGAGUAGCCACCUCUUCAGGGUUAGAAGUAAUCUCCGGGUUCAUAUGAAAAAUCGCACCAUAACCGAGCAUUUAAAUUUCUUGUAAAAAUUUACGGAAUUGUUUGGCAGAAGUACGUGAUAUGAUGAGCAUGAUUGCGGUAUUUGUUUUCGCCUCAAAAAGGUAAUUCACACUUUAGUGUGGGGAAAAAAGAACUCGUAUUCUACAUUAAAAAUCUUUCUCCUCCAUGAAAAUUAUUUUUACAUCAAAUAAUAAUUUUCAAUAUUAAAAAUUUCAAUUCAACAAUAAACUACGCGAAAAACCGAUGCAUCUCGAAAGACGCCAUGAUGCGAUAUAAUGCACAGUAGUCUUAGAGUUUUUCUCUGUAGGAUUCUCUGUAUAAUCACUAAUAAUAUUUACAUUUCGCGCCAGGAAUGUGUAUGAUCCAUAAAAAUAGACAUUCAUCUUUUGGUAUCUUAAUUCUACGGUCUUGAAUCACAUUCAUUAUGACUUACUUUUUGCAGAUACCCCCACUCCCGAUUCAAAAGCUCCGGGUUACGGUCUUUCAGAAGGUGACAACCCUAUCGCCUACGCGUAGCAUGUCUGCCUUUCCGGCACAUUCUUCACACUUCUGCUUCUCGCCGAAUGUGUGGAGUCGCAAACACCUUAUUUCAAACAAGAUAUUACAUACACAGCGAGUGAUGAGUUUAUACGCAGUAAUCUCUGAAAGUGCAAAAUCAACAUCGAUAUAAUAUUUCUGUUAGUUUCGAUUCAAGAUCUGGAGCAUUUUAUACCUACCGUUCCGUCAGACACUCUGGUCAUCACUGAAUAGUGUCAAAACACUGGAAGUUAAAGGUUCAUCAUUUUGAGUUCAUUCUUAGCAUACAUUGUCAUUGCUUGAGGGUUACAGGGUCGCCUUGAAAGUGGGGAGGGACAACUUGUUCCCGGCCUCGACUUACUUGGGGUUUCGAAUUUUUACUUUCGAAACAAAUGAAGUAUUUAUUUCUAAUUCGAAUGAAGUGCUUCGCUUUAUUUCUGUAGUCUAGAGAAAUAAAAUCCGUCCAUAUAUUGGGGGGGGGGUGAUUUUUUUCUUUAAAAAAGAGGAUCCCAGCCUGGGGUCUGUUUUCUCUGGGCACCCCUAGUGGGCUUUCAAAGUAUUUUGUGAACAAACAUUUUUACGAACGAUAUUAAUGUAGAAAGAUUUCCUACAAUUACUAUACAAACGAAUCUUCGCACUUAAUUUUUAUCCAGUUUUCACAAUAGGAAUCCUGACAUAUUUCGUUCAUGAAGUUCACUCUAAGCAAGGAAGAUGGAGCAUUUUAACACAUUUUUACAAAUGAAUCUUUUCCUUACUGCACCAAUGAAAGGGACGUUGGUGAAGACUUUCGUCGAUACGACGGUUACUCAGACGCCAAAACUGUACAUUUUUAUAUUUAAAGAUUAAAAAAACGAAAUGCUUAUCAACAAACAGUUACUUCCUGUACUUCAACUUCACAUAAAGAAUUAGUGAGUAUUUCUCAUUACAAUUAGUAUUGUUUAAUUUUUUAAAUUGUUAAUAUUCACG